CAACCAAAUCAUUGGUUGAAAAAAUAAACAAACUUUGGUUUGUUGUGAUUGUUAGAUGUUUCUUGUUCUAUCAAACAUAUUAAUGUAAUGGAAUGAAAUCAAAUUUUAUUUUGGCAAAUACAUAAUAAUCCAAUGGUUUAAAAGUCACGCCAUGAUACGUUUCACUAGCUAUUCAUCGGAUGAUUCACUUUUUCACCGAGAUUUGAGCCUUUUUAAAGGUUAUUUGUCACAUAAAAGAUUCGUGAAAUACGUUACAUCUAACGAGUAUGAAAACAUUCUCGUGCUAAAUAAUAUUGCAUUCAAACCAUAUUUGCUGAGAUAUCUGUACACUAAACUUCGCCAGAAUUUGUACAAUGGUCGAUACAUGUUACAUGACAUAAGCGCAGAUAUUAAACCAAAAUCGAAAUUCAGUGUUACUACUUCGAUUCGUAAAGAGUACUUCAAUGAUAUCAAUGUAUGUUUAAAAGACUUAGAAAAGCUGGGGAAUCAUACAAUUAAUGACACCACCAAGGAUGACCCAUCACUCUAUGAAUGCUAUGAAGAUGAAAUGGAUUCAAUUACAUUUCCAAAACGUACCGAAACCACGCUUAUAAUCUCUAAUCCUGCUGAUAUGUUGAGUUCCAAUGAAUCAACAGUGUUCUUGGAUGCUAUUGGAGAUGAUUAUGAGUCAAGAGACAUACAUGACAGCGACGACGAUACUAUGAAAUCUCUCACUAAAACGAGCAUAAGCAGAACAUCACUGGAUAGCAUUUCGGUACCACAUAUAGAAGUGUUAGUUGAAAAUGCCAUUGAUUCUGCUACAAAAGAUCCAAGCACUAUGACAGUGAUGGCUUUAGAAAACCAGGAUGUUCUUUGUGAUGAUGACUGGGGGAAAGAAAGAGACGUUGUGGUAAUAAGAGAUGAGGAAAAAUCAUUUGGAAUCAGUAUAGUUGGAGGAACGGUCAAUGUUUCAGACGAUUCUAUUGUAUCCGGAAUAUUCAUCAAAAAUAUAAUACCAAACAGCCCAGCUGACAAAUGUGGAUUGUUGAAGAUAGCAGAUGAAGAGGAUAAUCUAGAAAGCAUCCCGAAACUGGAAGAUGAAAUUAUAUCAAAGGACACAAGUAAAUUAUCAGUAAAAAAUGAAACACCCACACAUAGAGAGUCCGAUUCAGGUCCAGAAGAGGAUUCAUCGGAUGAUGAAGAUGCUCGAGAUCUGGAAGGCAAAACAUACACCAAAGCAGGUAUUGAGAUUGACCGAGCAUCCGCAGGUAACAUCAAAAGAACUAAGGAAGAAAUAUCAUUAGAUACAGAUGAGGAGGACAGUUUCGGAUACACUGCAAGAAAAAUCAAGAAAAAAUAUUCUGCAUUAGGAAACGUACUCCAUCAUUCCAUUGAUCGAAGCUGUGGGAGUUCGUUGGGAAUUUCACUCGCUGGUCAUCGAGAUAGGACGAAAAUGGCAUGCUUUAUUGCUGGAAUCAACCCUAAAGGCGCUGCAGCAGCAGCUCCAUUCGAAAUUGGUGAUGAAAUUCUAGAGGUUAAUGGAUUAGUUUUACAUGGACGAUCCCAUCUUAAUGUACCAACAAUAAUUAAAGGCCUGGAAGGCACUUCACUUAAGUUUAUCGUUUUGAGGCGAAAAAAUGCAAUGGAAGAAUUAGCAGUGAAGCCAGUUACACAGUUUCCAGUGUGUAUUGAUGAAGAGGAUGAGAUAUUUUCAACAUAUAAGAAUGUACGGAUAGUUUCCAUAAAAAAAGCUGCCUCGGGAUUAGGAAUAAUGAUAAUCGAAGGAAAACAUGCAGAAGUUGGUCAAGGAAUAUUUAUAUCAGACAUUCAGGAAGGAUCAAUGGCGGAUAAGGCUGGACUAAACAUUGGUGAAAUGAUACUAUCAGUAAAUAAAGAUUCUCUACUGGGGUGCAGUUACGAAGCAGCUGCAUCUUUAUUGAAAAAAACUGAAGGAGUUAUUACCUUGAAAAUUUGUAACCCUAACAAAGGUAAAGAAGCAACAGAUGCUAACUCUAACCACUUGGAUCCUAAGCAACCUAACACAGCGUCAGGUAAAAGUUCGCCAAUUCUAAUGAAUGAUGCAACAGCAUUAAGUAGACCGGUGACACCGAAACCUCAAGCAUCUCCAGUAAAAGAGAUUAUCGAUCCAUCAAAAGCUGAGGUUAUAUCUAACGAAAAUUCAACUAUAGAAAUUGUCACUGACAAAAGUCCACUAGGAAUAUCCGUAGUUGGGGGAAGUGAUUCUAGAAUCAAUGGUGCAAUCAUCAUAGACAUUUUGCCAAAUAGUAUUGCAGAUAAAGAUAAGCGACUAAGAGUAUUCGAUCAAAUUUUAGAGAUAAAUGGAUCUAAAGUUAUACCUGAUUUAAGUGAAAAUCAAGUACAAAAGGCUGUGAAACAAUUACAAGCGAGAGUGCGCUUAGUUGUGUUUAGACCAAAUUCAGCCGAAACGGAGACAAUUGAAGUUGAAUUAUUCAAAAAGCCUGGAAAACUUUUAGGUGUUGGAUUUAGAGCGAAUCAUCCACAUGGAAUUAUAGUAACUGAUAUGUUACCAGGAGGUUUAGCCGAGUCGGAUGGAAGGAUUCAGAAAGGUGAUAUAAUUACUAACUUCAAUACGGAAAAGAUCAGCAAUAUGUCAUACGAUGACUGUUCACUUUUGUUCAAAACUGCCCAAGGAAAAAUCACACUAUCGAUUGUAAGACCUAAACCAAAUAAACGUUUAUUGUAAAAUCAUUUUUAGAGUAUCAAUAAAUCAUACAUACAUAAGAUAAUAUGGA